AUGGCCUCCAGCUACACCAUGAGCUUUUCUCCUCCCAUGCAGAUCACAACCAAGCCACAAAGUCCCAUCAAAAGCGGCACAAACAUCAAGAUCACGGCCAAGCUAGCCGUCGCGGACCCAACUGGAAACUACAUGGCCCAUGCAGACGCUCUCGAUGCAAAUGGCCAAGAGGUCAACGGUGUCCUCAAAGGACAAUUAGCUGCCUCAUGGGAGCCAACGAAUGGUGGCAAUGCUGCCGAGACCAUUGUGUUCAAGUUUGACCGUAUGAACAUAUCUGAACCUGGGUCGUACCAGAUCCGUAUCCAGGCCUACAAGCAAGUCGCUGGAGGCAUCAAUCAACUCACCAAAACUACGAUCCUCGUCCAAGUAAUUGCUUAA